UGAAACUAUUAUUUCAAUGAGGAAACCAAGAUUGAAACGUAGCUACCAGCUGCAUUAGUGCGACCAUCAUUCCUGCAAAGCAGCAGUCACCUUGCAGCAGAGCAGAAAUAGCGCAGCUCUUUUUCCCUCAAUGAGAAGGUACAUAAAGCACAAGAUGAGAGGACCAGGAAGGCAAUUGACCUUGGCUGCUUUUGGGGGCUGGUAUAUAGCCAUCCAGUUGGAUGCCACAGUUCUGCUGCAAAAAAAGAGAACAAAGGGAUUUGUAUUACUCAUAGUCAAGCUAUAAUUAAUGGUGAAAAUGUAAUUUAUUGUCAAGCUAUUUCACUUGGUGAUGACAAGUUGUUGUUUUUAACAUUUUUUUUCUCUUUGACAAGGACAAAUGUAAAAAAAAAAAUCCUUAUAUUAUGAGAGUGGGUGAUGCUUAAAUCAAAGGAUGUGUUUGAUGAUAUGAGACUAUAUCAAAUAAGAGAAGAGCUGAGUAAGUGCAUAGCAGGUCUAAAGUCAACCUUGCCAUUUUGCUUUGCUGUGCUUUAGUGUUUACCUGUGACAGGGGUGCUUUAUCUCAGCUAGUCACCAGAGCAUGUGUAAACACACAGGGGGGAACACACUGCAUAUCAUGCUGUUUUCAGUCUCCCCGCUUUUGUUCCAAAAUCUCUCUCCCAUAGAGAGACAUUAUCCCCCGACGGCAAGGUGAAAGGGGUGCUGAUGUAAGGUUAUUUGUAGCAGACGGAAAAUGAUGAAAAAAAAAAGAAAAAAAUGACGAGAAAAAAAAAAAAUAGAUGGGUUUGAAAGUAAAAAAGAAAAAAAGUCACCUAAUUAUAGCCAAAGAGGGGCGGUCAGCCUGGAAGUUACACUGGAGAAGAGGAGUGCUCCGAUGGAGAAUGGGAUAUGGAAAGCAAACACCCAUUUGACAUGGAGCCGGCAGAAAGGGAACAAGGCCCACAGUGUCUCUCCUGCUCCAAGGGCUUUGUCCUGUAGGAGGCUUCUGCCACGGCUCCAGGCUACCAAACCCACGUGACAUGCCUGGAGAUGAGGUCUGUGCCGGCACUGAGAACAAACUAAGCACGCUGUCGGACCUGGAGCAGCAGUAUCGCACUUUGAGGAAAUACUAUGAGAACUGUGAAGUCGUCAUGGGCAACCUUGAGAUUACAAGCAUUGACCGUAGUCGAGAUCUGACCUUCCUCAGAUCUAUACGAGAAGUGACGGGCUAUGUGCUGGUGGCUCUAAACCAGUUCGACUACCUGCCUUUGGAGAACUUGAGGAUCAUUCGAGGAACCAAACUUUAUGAGGAUCGCUACUCACUUGCAAUCUUUCUGAAUUACAGACGAGAUGGAAACUUCGGGCUUCGACAGUUGGGUCUUAAAAACCUUACAGAGAUUCUCAACGGAGGCGUCUAUAUUGAUCAGAACAAGUUCCUCUGCCAUGCAGACACAAUCCACUGGCAGGACAUUGUCAAGUAUCCCAGGCACCAUCCUAUAGUGGUGCCUACUAACAGCAGUGUCACGUGCCAGAAGUGCCAUCGUUCAUGUACUGGACGUUGCUGGGGCCCCAAGGAGGACCAUUGUCAAAGCUUAACCAAGACGGUGUGUGCUGAACAGUGUGAUGGUCGCUGCUUUGGUCCCUAUGUAAGUGACUGCUGCCAUCGUGAGUGUGCGGGUGGGUGCUUUGGCCCAAAGGACACGGACUGUUUUGCCUGCACAAACUUUAAUGACAGUGGGGCGUGUGUUACACAGUGCCCACAACCAUUUGUCUACAAUCCUACCACAUUCCAACUUGAACACAACCCAAGGGCAAAGUACACCUAUGGAGCAUUCUGUGUCAAGAAGUGUCCGCAUAACUUUGUGGUGGACCACAGCUCUUGUGUGAGAGCAUGCCCUAGUAACAAGAUGGAGGUGGAGGAGAACCGUAUUAAGAUGUGCAUCCCUUGCACUGAUAUCUGCCCAAAAGCAUGCGAUGGAAUAGGUACUGCCAGCCUACAGACAGCUCAGACAGUGGACUCAAGCAACAUUGACAAGUUUGUCAACUGCACCAAAAUCAAUGGCAACCUGGUGUUCCUUAUUACUGGAAUUAAAGGGGAUGCUUAUCACAACAUUGGACCAUUAGAUCCAGAAAAACUUAAUGUGUUUCGCACUGUUCGGGAAAUCACAGGCUACCUUAACAUUCAGUCUUGGCCUGACAACAUCACUGACUUGAGUGUUUUCUCCAACCUUGCAACUAUAGGAGGGAGAGCACUGUACAGUGGGAUCUCUCUGCUGGUGUUAAAACAACACGGCAUCUCAUCACUACAGCUUCAGUCCCUGAGAGAGAUCAGCGCUGGGAAUGUCCACAUUGCAGAGAACAGCCAACUCUGCUACUACAGUACUGUCAACUGGACAACAUUGUUUCGCGCUGGAAACCAAAAGGUUCUUAUCCGUAACAACCGAAGCCCACAAGAAUGUGCCAAGGAGCACAUGGUGUGCGACCCAUUGUGUUCCAAUGCUGGGUGUUGGGGUCCUGGCCCUGACCAGUGCCUUUCCUGCCGAUACUUUAGCCGGGGACGCAUCUGUGUGGAUUCCUGCAACCUUUAUGAAGGAGAUAUUCGAGAGUAUGCCAAUGGUUCAAUGUGUGUUGAGUGUGAUGCCCAGUGCGAACGUGCAGACGACGACUCCUUAACCUGCCACGGCCCGGGCCCAGAACAUUGUGUGAAAUGCCUUCAUUUCAAGGACGGUCCAAACUGCGUGGAAAAGUGCCCUGAUGGCCUGCAAGGUGCCAAUAGCUUUAUCUUCAAAUAUGCGGAAGUAAACAACGAAUGCCAUCCAUGCCAUGCCAACUGCACCCAAGGGUGUAUUGGACCUAGACUUCAAGACUGCAUCGGCUGGAUGGACAGAACCCCUCUGAUUGCUGCAGGAGUGAUUGGUGGCCUCUUUAUGGUGGUGAUCAUGGUAUUAAGUAUCGCUGUGUCUGUGCGUCGGAAGAACAUUAAGAAGAAGAGGGCUCUUCGGCGAUUUCUGGAGACUGAGUUGGUCGAACCUCUGACUCCCAGUGGAACAGCUCCUAAUCAAGCCCAGCUUCGCAUCCUCAAAGAAACAGAACUUAAAAGAGUCAAGAUUCUUGGUUCUGGAGCCUUUGGAACUGUUUACAAGGGUAUUUGGGUCCCAGAGGGUGAAACUGUGAAAAUUCCAGUGGCCAUCAAGAUCCUUAAUGAGGCCACUGGACCCAAGGCAAAUGUGGAGUUCAUGGACGAGGCUUUGAUAAUGGCCAGCAUGGAGCACCCUCACCUUGUCCGGCUGCUGGGUGUUUGCCUUAGUCCCACCAUCCAGCUGGUGACACAACUGAUGCCUCAUGGCUGCCUGCUUGAUUAUGUUCACGAGCACAAAGACAACAUUGGAUCACAGCUACUUCUCAACUGGUGUGUCCAGAUUGCCAAGGGAAUGAUGUACCUGGAGGAGCGCAGACUUGUCCACAGAGAUCUAGCAGCCCGGAAUGUUCUUGUCAAAUCUCCAAACCACAUCAAGAUCACAGACUUUGGCCUGGCUCGGCUGCUGGAUGUCAACGAAAAAGAAUACAAUGCUGAUGGGGGAAAGAUGCCAAUCAAAUGGAUGGCCCUAGAGUGUAUCCAUUACAGGAAGUUUACUCACCAGAGUGAUGUUUGGAGUUAUGGUGUAACCAUAUGGGAACUUAUGACCUUUGGAGGAAAGCCAUAUGAUGGAAUUCCUACUAGAGACAUUCCAGAUCUGCUAGAGAAAGGAGAGCGCCUUCCCCAGCCACCAAUCUGUACCAUUGAUGUCUAUAUGGUCAUGGUGAAAUGUUGGAUGAUUGAUGCAGAUAGUCGACCCAAGUUCAAGGAGCUAGGCGCAGAGUUUACUCGAAUGGCCCGGGAUCCCCAGCGAUACUUGGUCAUCCAGGGUGAUGACCGCAUGAAGCUGCCCAGCCCCAAUGAUAGCAAGUUUUUUCAGAACCUGCUAGAAGAGGACGAGCUGGAGGAUCUGAUGGAUGCUGAGGAGUACCUGGUUCCUCACUCGUUCAAUAUUUCACCUCUGGCAUACACUCCUCGAACACGCAUGGAUACAAACAAGAACCAAUUUGGCAGCCAGGAUCCAAAUUUCACCAUGGGUGACAUACUGGGGACUCUGCCUAGAGUGGGUCAACCGAACUCUGGAAGCAGCCUCCCUUCACAGGACACUGCAGGGGCCCAGAUUGGUUGUGGAUAUAACCUUGGUAACCAGGAUGACCCUCGUUGUAAUGGCACUCUAAGGAAGCAGGUUUCCUCAAGGUCAAACACGCUUGGUUCUACCCACGCUGCUGGACAAGGUGGUGAGGACAGUAGUGGACAGCGCUACAGUGCAGAUCCUACCGGUCUCCUGACAGAGCGAGGGGAAAAGGGAGACAAGGAUGGCUACACGGUUUCCAUGAGAAAAAAGAACACAUCAGAUCUCCAUCCUGUUGAGGAAAACCCAUUUGUGACGCGUCGUAGAAAUGGUGAUGCCCACGUGGUGAUGGAUGGAGCAAGUUGCCACACUUUACUCAUAGCUGGGGCUUCGGCAGGACCAAAAAGUCAGUCUGUCCAUGGUGAUGAUGAGUAUAUUAAUGAGCCACUGUACCUGAAUACAUUCCUUAACCCUGGGGACAAGAAUGGAUUAGCUGGUGCAAUUUCUAUCUCUGCUUCUACAUCUUCUACUGCACAAUCAGUCUUGCAAACAGCAAACCCUUCCACAUCAAGCCACAUUGUUUCAUCUACUGGAUAUGUAGUUACUCCUGGCCUACUCCCCCAACCAACUUAUCCAUCACAUACCCUGCAUCCAGGGCAUUCAGGACACACCCUGCACACAGGCAUCAGCAGUAGCACAAUGAUGUUUGACAAGAAAGCCAAGAAAGCAACUUUUGACAAUCCUGAGUAUUGGCAGCACAGUCUCCCCCCCAAGUCCACGUUGCACAAUCCUGAAUACCUGCAGGACUGCAGCACUCGUUUCUUUUACCGGCAGAAUGGACGCAUUCGCCCUGCUGUGGCAGAAAACCAGGAAUAUUUGUCUGAGGCUGCUAUGAAGGCUGGCAAUGUUUUGCCACCCCCUCCGUACAGGCAGAGGAACACUGUGGUGUAGUGACCCAUCUGUAGCAUCUGGAGAUAAGAAAUUAUGUCUUUUCAAUGCCGUAUUUUAUCCUCCUGGGCCCUCCUUGCACCUUUUCUAAAAAUGUUUCAUAAACAUCUCUGGUUGGAAGUCCUCUAUUCUUGUGGUUUGAAUCUGCCUUUUCACUGUAGACCUAAAUGACUGUCACUGACAGCUGCAUUUAAGACUUAAACCAUCCUUUUUAACAUGACUCCUAAAUUAGAGGCAUCUCCUGCAGGGAGGGGUCUGAAGAAAAUUGUUAUGGCAUAUUUCACUAAAUAACAGAAACAAUACAAGAAGACAUAACAAACUUGUGUUGUUGACAAAGAAGAAAUGAACUGUUAGUCAGAUGAGGGUUCUUUUCAUUGACACUGUAAGAUUUAGUUUUUUUGUUCUGUAUGUUUUAAGAUUUUUUUUUAACAAACUAGUCAUGCACAUUUAAUUUUUUUUCAGCCUAUAAUGUGAAACAUGCUUUCAGAGAAUUAUUUUGUCUUUAUACAGAACUGAAGACAUGCUGAAUUUGCUUGAUGGACAGUAGUUUCCAUUCCCACCCACCCACUUCUUUGAGUUUCCCUUUUUCUAAUACAAGUAAGCAUGUAAUACUUUGGACAAGCCUGAAGGCCUGACACACCAACAGUAACCAGACAUUAAUUUGCACAUAAAUGUAUCAACCUCAAGGGUGCAUUCCCCAUUUCACCCAUAGACUGCCACAGAUAGGCUCUGGGCCCCAUUGCAACGCUGACAGAGAAAAUGGAUGGAUGGAUGUACCAACGGAUCAGCCUUCUGCCAUUUGAAAUGUAUUCUGAAGUAGUUUAUUUUAGAUUUUGUACUGAAAUAUCUUUCAGGAGAAAGCAGACAGUUUUUCUAAG